AUGCCUAUGGGAGGAGUACCUUCAGUGAGUUGGAAGACCAAGUACACUGGAAGUGAAGAGAAUGACGACGAGGAGGAGCACCCAAAAAAGAAAAGAACCAGAGACCGUGGUCUCUGCCACAGACUUAAUGGAUAUGGAUAUGAGCGAGAUGUCAGAGAUAGACUUCGGGAUAUGAUGUCAAUAGCUAAACUUGAGAAAGCCAUUGGUGAUAAUAUAGAAUUUCUAAGGGCAGAAAUGAGAGCCAAUCAGACCAAACUUAAAAAUGCUAACUAUGAGAUGCCACCUAAACAGGAUAUUCUAACAGCUAGGAUUCCUGUAACCAAGCAUCUGCUUCUAACACAGAUCUUCUUAAACAACAGCAUUGAGAAAUCGGGCUGGCUAUUUAUCCAAUUAUAUCACUCUUUCGUGUCAUCCGUUUUUAGCCUGUUUAUGUCUAGAACAUCUAUCAGUGGGUUGCUAGGAAGAGGCUCAAUGUUUGUGUUUUCACCAGAUCAGUUUCAGAGACUGCUAAAAAUUAAUCCAGACUGGAAAACCCACAGACUUCUUGAUUUAAGUGCUGGAGAUGGAGAAGUCACAAAAAUCAUGAGCCCUCAUUUUGAAGAAGUUUAUGCCACUGAACUGUCUGAAACUAAGAUAUGGCAGCUUCAGAAGAAGAAAUACAGAGUGCUUGGUAUAAACAAAUGGCAGAAUACAGGGUUCCAGUAUGAUAUUAUCAGCUGCUUGAAUUUGCUGGACUGCUGUGAUCAGCCCCUAACUUUGUUAAAAGAUAACAGAAGUGUCUAGGAGCCAACUGAGGCAGGGUCAUCCGCCCUGGUUUUACCCUUUCAUCCCUAUGUGAAAAAUGUAGGUGGCAUAUGGGAGAAACCAUCAGAAAUUUUAGAAAUCAAGGGACAGAACUUGGAAGAACAAGAGAAUAGUCUGCCGGAAGUUUUCAGAAAAGCUGCUUUUGUUAUCGAAGCUUUCACCGGAUUACCAUACCUGUGUGAAGGCGACAUGUAUAAUGACUACUACGUUCUGGAUGACUCUGUCUUUGUUCUCAAACCAGUAUAG